AUGGAUGAAAUGAUACUGCACUGUAAUCAAAAUACAGUUUAUGUGCUGAACACGAACUACACGAACUAUGGGGAAUUUGACAUGAUUGGAUUAUUUGGCACGCAAACGGCUGGUUAUCGUCGCACAACAAAUUCACCAUCAACUGCCGCAUUUAAAUCGAAAUCAAAAGCCACAAAUAUGCUGCUAGAUAAUCAAAUUAAUGACAAACUAAAAGAAGUCAAUAACAACUUAAUUAAAAAGCGACCACAUUUUUUGAAAUUUUUUCAUGAUAGCUUAUUUAAAGCGAACAGCAUUGAAUCUGAUUCGAGUAGUGUUUCACCUAAAAAUAGUUGUAAAAGCACAAAAUUGACAUCGUCGAGUAAGUCGAGUCAAAAGAGUUCCAAAGAGCUUUAUCGUGAGGCAGCAGAAAUUCUAGGAAUAACGUGUGAAUUUGACGAGAGUUGCAGAUGUAUAGAAUGUCAGAGCCGAUACUUUGACUGUGAUGACGAUGAAUCCGACGAUACAUUCUCAAAUCUUUCAGCGCUCAUCGAUUCCGAUGAUUUUCUAACACAUGUCGAUACCGAUGGAUUUUAUUGUAAUGGAAAUGACGAGAAUUGUAACUAUGGAUAUACGGUUGAGGGUUCAUGCAAUUCUGACAAUGAUGAUGAUGGCGAAUGUGUGAGUGUGGUCGUGAACGAGUAA